AUUAUUCCUCACACGAUGGGGGCGGCGAGAGACGGCAGCCCUGGCGCUGCCAGCAGGCGGCGGCCGAGCGGCGCCAUGCCCCUCCGCCUCCCGCCGGGCCGAGGCCUGUCGUCCUUGGCGGGCAGGGCGCGGAGCGGGGCCGGCCUGGCCGCCCGCCGAUCCCCGGCGGCAAGGACAAUGGUGUUUUGUUUUCUAAGCGGAACCGUGCAUCUAGCAAGAUAUUCAUCCAGUCUGCUGGGGAGACAACUGUGUUCAGCCGGUUCAAAUAAGCCAGUGUUGACUUUGUUCACCAAGAAACCUUGCCCUCUCUGUGAUGAAGCAAAAGAAGUGCUCGAGCCAUAUAAGAGAAGGUUUAUUUUGCAGGAGGUGGAUAUUACCCUUCCAGAGAACUCUGCAUGGUACGAUAAGUACAAAUAUGACAUACCUGUUUUCCAUUUAAAUGGAAAGUUCCUAAUGAAGCAUCGAGUAGACAUUCAAAAGUUUGAAGACCAGCUUUCAAAGCUGGAGUUGCAUAAUGACGGAAACCAUUGAAGAAAAUGAAACUGUUCUCAUGUGAUUCUGAAAGGACUGUGCAAAAUAAAUGGCAUGAAUAAAA